CCUUAUAUCGAUUUAGAAUCUGAGAGUGGCUCAAUAUCAUUGAAUUUGAAUGAUACGUUCGCUGGCGAAUAUGAAAUCUUCUCAAAAUCUGGUCGUGUAAGUGCUAAUAAUGCUGGAAAUAAUUUAGAUUCAUCUUAUUCUGGAAAUACUUUAAAUGGAACAAAGAAGUCCACAAAUUCUUCAAUUCAAUCUAAUGGGAUGAUUAUUGCCAAGUCUAAUAGAGGAAAUGUGAAAGUAGAUUUUCUUUAUCCUCUUCAUACUAAA